AUGCUUCUCUUCUGCCCGAGUUGCUCAAACCUUUUGACCAUUACACCUAUUCCCGCGGAUCACCUUCCUCUGAACGAGCAGCACUUUGCAAACGUCAACCGGUUCGAGUGCCGAACAUGCCCCUACCAAAUGAUCCUGGACAAGCGCUACUUUGAGCGCAAGAUGAUGAAGAGCAAGGAAGUCGAAGAUGUCUUGGGAGGUGCCGACAGCUGGAAGAACGUCGACAAGACAGAAGUCAACUGCAGAGAAGAGAAGUGCGACAACCGCGAAGCAUACUUCAGACAGGUUCAGAUCAGAAGUGCGGACGAGCCUAUGACUACUUUCUAUAAGUGUACAAAAUGUGCUUCCGAAUGGCGUGAGAACUGA